AUGGUUCCUCGGUGUCCCUGCCCUGAUGACGGCGUGAAUACUAAGAAUGAUCUCAACUUACAGCUCCCUUAUACGUAUGGCUAUGAGCCGUUCAAAUUUGACAGCAAGCAGAUUGUCCAGGCCGGUGUCUCACGUGCACUAAGUUCCAUCUUUCACACGAACUUUGUGCCUUGGAAGCUCCAUAAGAAAGGCUCGGAUUACGAGCCAAACGUCCACGGGAAGAUAAAUUGGCUCAAGUCCCUCGCGAUCACCCAGACGGGUAAGGACACGACUUUCAAGCCGGCAGAUGGGCAGGUGGUGGACGAGUCCUACAACCUGACGCUCAGCAAGGAUGGCAAGGCUAAGCUGACCGCAGUCUCGUCAAUUGGAGUACUGAGAGGCUUGGAGACGUUCACCCAGCUAUUCUACAAGCACUCUGCCGGGCCGUUCUGGUAUACCCCAUAUGCGCCGGUUGCAAUUGAAGAUGCUCCCAGGUUCUCUCACCGUGGCGUGCUCCUAGACGUUGCAAGAAACUUCUACUCUGUUGAUGACAUUACAAGCACAAUCGACGUUAUGGCCUGGAACAAAAUGAACAAGCUACAUAUCCAUGUCACGGACUCCCAGUCGUGGCCUCUCGAGAUCCCCGCUUUCCCAGACCUGGCAAAGAAGGGCGCGUACAGACCGGACUUGGUCUACAGCCCUGCCGACGUGAAAUACAUUCAAGAGUAUGGAAUCCACCGUGGCGUGGAAGUGUACCUUGAGAUUGAUAUGCCUGGUCAUAUCGGAUCCGUGGCUUGGUCGAAACCCGAGCUGAUUGUUGCAUACGACGGCUUUCCAUACUACUGGUGGUGCGCUGAGCCACCUUGCGGAGCCUUCAAACUCAACGACACGGCGGUCGAUGCCUUCCUCGAAAAGUUGUUUGAUGACCUGCUCCCUAGAGUCGCGCCAUACACAGCAUACUUCCACACUGGUGGCGAUGAGCUCAAUGCCAACGACUCGAUGCUAGAUCCCGGCGUCAGGUCAAAUGCCACAGAAGUUCUCCAGCCUCUGCUUCAGAAAUUCAUUGACGCCCAGCAUUCACGUGUGCGGAAGCACGGCCUUGUGCCAAUGGUUUGGGAGGAGAUACCUAUCGAUUGGAACGUGACGAUCGGCAAGGAUACUGUUGUCCAAGCUUGGUUGAGUGAUUCCUCUGUCAAGGCUAUCACCAGCAAGGGCAACAAGGUCAUUGACAGCAAUUAUAACUUCUGGUACCUUGACUGCGGUCGCGGAGAAUGGCUUAAUUUCGACAACGGCCUGGCCUGGGAUACCUUCUUCCCCUUUGACGACUGGUGCGGGCCGCUAAAGAAUUGGCGACUGAUCUACAGCCACGAUCCGGUAGCCGGCCUGACCGACGAGGAGGCGAAGCUCGUGCUCGGCGGCGAGGUUGCGGUCUGGAGCGAGACCAUCGACCCGGAGAACCUCGAGACUAUCCUCUGGCCGCGAGGCAGCGCCGCCGGCGAGGUCCUAUGGAGUGGACGGACGGAUGCCUCCGGCCAAAAUCGCAGCCAGCUGACGGCGGCGCCGCGCCUCAACGAGUGGAGGGAGCGACUGGUUGCUCGAGGCAUCCGUGCGAGCCCUGUCCAGAUGACAUUCUGUUUGCAAGCCGAGAACGCAGUAGAAUGGUAA